GAGUCAAGAACGUACUCACGCAAGUAUGUAUGCGCGGUGACUAACUCAAGUUCUCUCGGGUCAAUGAGUCAUUGAAUGCCAACGACACCUCUGCGUACUUUCCUCAAGCUCGCGUCCAUGCUUGCCCACAGCCAUGACUCCGCGGACCCUUUUUACUCGCACCCGACGGCUGCGCCGCAAGGCGACAGCCAUAUUCAGUGCGUGUCAUCCACAGUCAGCUGCGGUGAUUCGUCAGCUCCUUCGUCGUUAUCGGCUCGUCUUCUCGACCGUUGUGCGCACGGAAGAAACUCAGUCGGGCAGGUGUGCUACCAUAUGUGGCUAAUCAACGACCUAUCUGGUGGUCCGGAGCAGCAGAGGGCGAGAGCUUCGUAGACGCGGUCAGGGGAAAAGAAACCCGCACAGAAAUGCUCUCCUGGUCAAGCCGGGUGGGCUAUAUAUUCGCGAGGGAGGGGCGCUAUAGAGACAUCCUCGUACUCAUCCAAACGAACCUUCAAGUUGUCAUGUCGCUGAAUACGACUUCGCCUGCCGCAUCCGCAGUCACUCUGCCCUUGUCUGACGCAGGGGACACAACACCGUCGAGCUCGACGACGGCACUCAUAGCCAAGAACAAUCAGACAUCGGCCAGCAACCAGCCAGGCUCCUCGUCAAGCGGAGGCGGAAGCCCUGCUGCCAAGUCAAAACAGGCGGCACCGCCGAAGAACUUCGAGGCGGCGUUCGGAACGCUGUCGGCGUCGUAUGGCUGGGGGAUGGGGUCGGACACCCAAAGACCGCGGAGCGCGAAGCCGCCCAAGGCCAAGCAGGAUAGGAGGGCGAAGCCAGGCUCUGGUUCGUCCAGCAAGCCGAAAUCCUCGCCUACGUGACGCUGGGAUAUUACGGGGCGUUGGUGUUGUCAGUGAGCGUAUAUUAUUUGGAAGGGAGCAUUCGGAGGGGCGCGAAGUGACGUUGCGCCGUGGUGAAUAUCAUGUCCUUGUGAUGUCCGACCUCCCGUCUGCCGUGUUCGUCAAAUGCUUCUGUCGCAAGGAAACUGUUAGCAUCUGCGGCCGGCGGCCGGGCCCGCCGACUGCGUACUCAAGCGAGAGAUGGAGGCUUCAGCAUACGUUGCGAAUGGCGACGAAGAAUCAAGAGUAACAUUCCUAUAUG